AUCCCUUCUCCUUCCAAAGCAUCUCGAUCCUACCACAUCGUUAAGAAAGUCGUAUAGUAGAGUAAAUUGUUAAUGGCGUCUCCGGCCACCUCUUCCGCUGUCCUCGUCGUCGUCCUGGUGGCGACCCUCGCCGCCGGUGGCGCCAACGCGGCGACCUUCACCAUCACCAACCGGUGCUCGUUCACGGUGUGGCCGGCGGCGACGCCGGUGGGCGGCGGCGUGCAGCUGAGCCCGGGGCAGACGUGGACCAUCAACGUGCCCGCCGGGACCAGCUCCGGCAGGGUGUGGGGCCGCACGGGCUGCAGCUUCGACGGCUCCGGCCGCGGCAGCUGCGCCACCGGCGACUGCGCCGGCGCCCUGUCGUGCACCCUCUCCGGCCAGAAGCCGCUGACGCUGGCGGAGUUCACCAUCGGCGGCAGCCAGGACUUCUACGACCUGUCGGUGAUCGACGGCUACAACGUCGCCAUGAGCUUCUCCUGCAGCUCCGGCGUGACGGUCACCUGCAGGGACAGCCGCUGCCCCGACGCUUACCUGUUCCCCGAAGACAACACCAAGACACACGCCUGCAGCGGCAACAGCAACUACCAAGUCGUCUUCUGCCCAUAAUGCAUCAUCUCAUGCAUGUAACUAAUGUAGUAGUAUAUGUAUCAUGGGACAAUAAUAUAAAUAAAAAGUUGAUGAAUAAAACGACACCUUGAUCGAUAAUCAUCCAUGGACGAUAUCGAUGCAGGUGGACAUAUAAUAUAAUAUAUAUGCACUCGACCACGUGUGCAAUUGUUUAAUCUUAAA